AAAAUUAGUUCAUCAAGAGGCGCGUCUUCAUUAUCAGCAAUCCUUGGAGUCCACGGUUGGAGCUCCUGCUUUUGCAGCUUCUUCUUCGGCAGGAGGUGGUCAGGCGGCAUCAUCGGCAGGGGGUGCUUCCUCGACUGGCGGACAACAGCAACCCAAUCGUGGUGGCGGUCGUGGUGGCAGACGCGGUAACCGAGGCAGGGGUGGCCGAGGCUAUGGAGGUCGAGGCCGCUAUCAUCCGCAGCAGGUACCUGGGUUCGGUCAACCUCCGGUGCACUUCGGUCAGCCUUCACAACAGCAGCAGCCUGGUCGCGGCACUCAUCAGCAGCAGGCUAACUUGGGUACACCUGGUACAGUUUAUUGUAAUUCGGUUGUGUCACCGUUUAAUACUCCUGCUCUAUCUACUUUUUGUACUAACUAUGCCUCUGCAGGAUUUCCAUCAUUUGAGAAUAAUUUUGGUUCAGUUCCUCCUCCUGUCGUCUGUCAAAUCUGUCACUCUCCAGGUCAUUCCGCAAUUGCUUGUCCUUCUCGUUUUGUUCAACCUCAAGCUCCCGCCCUGGCUGUUUCUACGGGUGAAUCUACUCCGACUGUCUGGUAUCCUGACUCCGGUGCUUCCGCUCAUAUGACUUCGAAUGAAGGACACAAUUUCGGGGAAGGUUCUUCUUCAGGCUUCCAGUAGUGGUGGUGUUUACCCUAUC